AUGCCAGAAGGAACUUCGUUGGCGGGAGCGCAAUACUUUCCAGUGGAAUGCCUGAUCGUUGCUACCACAACAGAACAAGCAUGUCCUUUUCGUCAACGCGAGCAACACGGGGUGGGAGUGCUCAUUGGGAAACCAGACAGCUCACGGUUACUGGAACCACCAAGAAGCCAGUAUUUCUAUCAACUGGCGCGAGAUGAAAGCGGUCCAACUUGCUCUACAAACCUUCCCUUCUCUACAACACACCUCAAUACUCGUACGCACGGACAACACCACGUCCCUAUCCUACAUCAACAAGCAGGGUGGAUGAAAAGCUUUUCACCUCAUGUCUCUAGCAACCAAGAUAUGGCACUUAUGCUUACACCGAGGACUACGACCAACAGCACAACACAUUGCCGGGAAAGAGAACAUCACAGCCGACUUAGAAUUCAGGCGAACAUUCACGAAGCACCUAUGGAAACUCUCCCGCUCGGCCUUCUAAUGGAUUCAAUCCCACUGGGGACCUCGUUCAGCCGACUUGUUCGCCGACCAGAUCACUCACCUCCUGCCAGAAUACGUGUCAUGGAUGCCAGAUCCAAAGCCCGUCGCCACCGACACAUUCUCCGUCCCUUGGUCCAACUGGCAAAACUGUUACCUAAACCCACCGUGGAACCUACUGAGCAAGUCCCUACACAAAAUAUGGCAGGAAGACUUGACAGAAACCAUCAUAGCACCAAUUUGGCCGAGCGCACGUUGGUACCCGAUGCUACUAGAAAUGAGCAUUGCCCUACCAAUACUUCUAUCAGCAACGGAUAUUGUCCUGGCCUCCCCCAAGAUACCCUGACCCUUGAAGAACCCACAGUGGAAGCUCGCCGCAUUCAGAGUCUCAAGCGUCGAUAUGAAGACAGAGGUUUAACUGACGAUUCAAUGAACAUUUUUAUGGGUGGCUCUGGAGAACAAACCAACCAACCGAGUGUAUCAAAGGGGACAACACCUCUUCAUUACAUGGGAAUUGCAGCAGGAUGUCUCCCUGACAGAAUUCUCAGUGCAAGGCCUCAUCAACUUUCUAGGUACAGUUUUGGCACCAUUACAUCACAUCGUACGGCAGUUCUCAAGCUACAUGACCAUCCGAACUCUAUCCGACAUCAUGAAGACAUCACUAACCUGUUUACUCGACUUGCACAACUUGUGCCUCCCAUCCGAAAAACGAAGCCAAAAGUGGAUCUUACCCUAACCUUGCAGUUUUUGUCUCACGUAGCAUCAUCAACAGACACACCCUUGGCCUCUCUAUCAAAGAAAACAGCAUUCCCCUUGGUCAUGGCUGCAUUCCUUCAACCUUCGGGCAACAAAACCAUCCUGAGUCGUAAAAGCAUCUACAAUUUCAUCCUGGUUACACACGUUAGUACGCCUGUCCUCUCCGUUGUCGGUUUCGGUUCGCUCGUUGGCCUUCUCUCUAGCUUUGGAACGUGGAAUGCCUGUGACAAUUGGUCGAAUGAAGAUGUAUUUCAACAUCAUUACCGCCGAAACCAUGUUUUAUCUGCUGACUUUACCUCUUUGGUUAUCAGGCUGACCAAUACAGAAGACAAUUCCGUUGGCGACAAAGAUGGAGAGCAAUUCUUCGAUGCUCCAGAUACGGUACCUCUCUGA